UGUUAUUUAUUUGUUUAUCAUUUUAGAAUUUUUAGAAAUUGUUUUUGGUCAGAAUAAGCCGAUAAGAUUGAAACCUACAAUAUAUGUAAGGGCGGGAGCAAAAAAAAAACAAAAGAAAAGCUUCUUCUGAUAAAUAUAUUCCCAUUGUGAGAGUUAGAUAAGCGCUUGCGCACCACGGAUAAAUAUAGCUUUCACCGACCUUAUAAGAAAAUUGUUUAGUAAGUGUCAGACGUUUCUCCCAAAUUGAUGUUUUCCAUUGAAAAUGUCGUGCACUCAGAAUGAGAAUCCUAUCAUUGGAGUCUUAUCACAGGAGAUAGCAUACAAAUUGGAACAAUUGUAUCCUGGAAAGUACAAAAGCUUCAUCGCUGCAUCCUAUGUGAAGUUUGUUGAAGGAGGAGGAGCACGUGUUGUUCCCAUCUGGAUUAACAGACCUCGUGAGUAUUAUCAGGAUAUCAUGAUGAAAAUCAAUGGGAUUCUUUUUCCUGGCGGAGCAACAUGGUUUGACAAUGGAUAUGCAGACGCCGGUGAACAUAUUUAUGCCAUUGCAAAAGAACUGAACGAUCGUGGAGAUUACUUUCCCCUAUGGGGAACAUGCUUAGGUUUCGAGUUACUAACAUACCUAUCUGCCAAUAGAGUAGAACAUCGAUCAAAUUGCAAGUCGCACAAACAGUCACUACCACUGGACUUUAAGGAGGACUACAAGAACAGUCGCAUGUUCUGUCACGCCCCCAACCACAUUCUAGACAUCCUGGCUAAGGAGCCAGUCACAUCAAAUUUUCACAUGUUCUGCAUUACUGAGGAAAAACUUGCUGAAAACGGAAUUGCCAACGAAUGGCGAGUAAUGUCCGAUAAUAAAGAUUUGGAUGGACUUAGCUUUAUCUCUACGAUUGAACACACAAAGUAUCCAUUCUACGGUGUUCAGUUCCAUCCCGAAAAGAAUCUAUACGAAUGGAUCUACGGUAAUAACAUAUCACACACUCCUGAAGCCAUCAUGGCAUGUCAGUAUUUCGCUCAGUUCUUCGUAAAUGAAACCCGACGAAGCUUCCAUGCAUUUAACGAUCGUUCUGAUGAGAACAACCAUAUGAUUUACAACUUUGAACCUACAUUUACAGGAAUGCUCGGUUCACAAUAUGAGCAGUGCUAUUUAUUUGAUAAAGAUGUAGACUACGUGAAAGAGAAAAAAUCUUUAGAUAAAGCCACAACGAGCAGUCAUUGAUUGAUCACCGCCUUUAAUAGCAAAUGGACUAGUCAGUAGAACCAAAACAUAAUUGUAAAAUAUUUUAUAUUAAAAAGAAUGUACUUAAAAUUUCUAAAUUUACUAUAUCUUUAUUUUACGUGAAACUGAAUGAGUUGCCUUAAAUUCUAAGUGAAUAGUAUUAGUACAAUGUUCCUGGAGUAGAAACCCCUUAGUACUAGGGGUAUUUGUUAUUCUAACCUGAAUAAAUAGAUUUCUUUUAAUAUUUUUGUACGGACAAUACCUUCCAUAUCGAUCGUUACUAAAAAUUAACAACAGAUUAAUCAAUGUUAUCAAAUUGACAAUGUCAGCUAUAAUCCUUCCACAGUCUUUGCUUUAGUUUUUAUUACCUAAUAAGAAAUUAGAGCAGGUAAAAACCAUAUGGCUAAGGCUUAUGCCCGAGACACAAUUACGACUUAAGCCGAGAGACGACUUUGUGGAAAAUGAUGGAAAUCAAGUUUAACCAUUAUGUCGCGUAUAAUUACACUAAGCCGUCUCUCGGCUAAUCCUCAGGUCUGUCAAGGCCGUUAGGUCUGAAGACCGUAUGAGACCCGGGCGGAGGAACGUUUUCAGACUUUGUACACAUUCUGGCUUCAAACACUUUAUAUUUUUCCCAUACUCCUUUAUAACCUAUGUUUUUCAGGAAAUGUGUUAGUUAAGGCUAUAGCUAUUACUAUAUAAAUGCCAUAGAUAGAACAGAUUUAUUAAAGUUAUAUAGGAUAAAAUGAUUAGAUCAGAUUAGAGUGGGGGCGGUUCCUUGCGGAACCACUGCAGUCAUGCCUCCUUUUGGGCUCAUUAUGCAUUCCCAAUCAAAUUAACCCCUAUUAAAGUUAAGAUGGUUUCAGCCAGCCCGUUUUUUGGAUAAACUCCAUUAAACAGGGCGGCUUUAAGUAUUCAUCAGACAGCACCGCAUUAUCUAGAAGCACCCGUCUGAUGCUACAUAAGCUGGGGCAGUCACACACAUAGUGAGUGACCGUCUCCUCAGUUGGGGAUGGAAGUGAAAAUUAUGUCGAUGGUCCCCCGAUCGAUUUAAAGAAGAAUCUCAACAUUUAUGUAUGUUUAACAUAAGUUUUAAAAGAUAUUUUCUCAGUUAUCUUUAGGGAAUUUGUUCUAAAACAGGUAUUUCAUAUUUUUGGAAAAUGACAAAACCAGCAAAUGAGGCAUUUAGAGUGAUCGGAGCGCGAUGUCUCAGAUGAACAAAAUUGUAGUCCCAAGUGUUGCCUAUAGCCUGGUGUCAAUGAAUUUUUAAUAUUUUGUUUAGUUUAUUUUAUACAAAUUUUUAGAACCUCACUUUAAUACAAUUUUUUGGUAAUUUUAAGAGAAACUCCAAUUUUACACCCUGAAGGAGUGGUUUUACAAAGUUUUUUGUAAUAAUAAAAAUUGAAGCACACCUAAUGACCUUUUCAACGGACCCACACUUUUUAAAUUCUGUUCGCUAGAACCUGAGAUAUAAAGGAUAAUGUAAGGCAAAGCAGAAAAAAUAUAAAAGUAUUAAUUAAAAAAAAAUUGAGUCGUGAUUGAGCAAAACUAAUGCCAUAUUCUUAAUCAGGAGACUCGACUCUAUCAAACGUACCAUGUGAAACCUCUGAGACAGAAAAAAGUUGUCAAUUUUUUGCAUAGUGUUAUCCAGGAUAGAGCUUUGAGAAGAAUUUUUAAAUCGAAAAAAAAAAAGAUUUGAAAUUAAAAUGCUGUUUUUUAAAUAUUCAUUUGACAUUUUUUUUAUUAAAAAUUUUAAUUAUGAAAGCACGCUUCCUAAUACCCUUUAACAUUUUGAAAGAAAAUAAAUAUCCAGUUUAGCCGAGACACAUUUGGGGGAUUCUAAUAAACGACUGGGAGUAUUUUUUUUUACCUCAGAACAGUUUUGAAAAUUUGUCCGAAAUUGUAAUAUUAAUUGUCUUUAUUAAUUUUCAUAAGGUUUCAGUAAUCUCUUACGUAAACCAUUCGAAAGUAUAUUAAGUACCUUAUUGCUUAUGUGUUAUGUGAAUAAAAUUUAACAAAACACAUUUUAUUAUAAAUAUUUUAAAAUUUUAACAGUCAAUAAAUUUUUCUAGCGGAAA